UGCCUCGCGCUGCGGACGCUGGGCUCCGCUCCUCUCGCAGCUGGGAGGAGUUGAGGCUGCGAGUUGGCGAACCUCACUCACCUGUCGGAACCUGGAUCCGGACAGGGAGCUGGGCCUGGCGGCCACUCGGCCCACCGCCUUCCCCGCGCCGGGACGCCACGGCCAGGGAGAAAGGUGUGGGGGCCGCUCCCCGAAACUCGAGAGGCCUGGGCUCCGCGCCCCAGCUCCCUGCUCACCUCUUUCGCCCCCAGGCGCCCUCGGCUUGGCGUGCCCCGAAGGCCAGCUCGGGCCGACGCCAGGGCAGCGGGUUCGAGAAGCUCCGCCUCCUCCCGCCUCUUAGGGCCACGGGGGCCCCCAGGAACUUUUCCAUUCGGUCUCAGGCGGCGAUCACUGCGGAGGUUUUCAGAACUUUGUAGGAAAGCGCCAGCCAAGGACGUCGGCCUCCAUCCCACGCCUUGCCUGCCACCUGCCUGGGACACACCCAGGCCGGGAGAUCCCGCUCCCCGCCGCCCCCGGCAGCGACGCCCCAACUUUUCACGAGCGGUCUGCGCUCCCUGUCACGCUCCUGUGCCAAGGGGCGCGCUGAUCUUCCGGGGGCCGGCAACGCUCUCUCCCUCGGCUCGCCCUCCUCCUCCCCCGGGCGAGCCCAGAUCUGCGGUGCACUUGAGCGUUCCCAGAGCUCCAAAUUGGCUCCCGCCCCGGAGCCGACCCUUCGAGGAGGGAUUGAGCCCUAGUGGUCCCGGCCUUUUACUCCGAAACUCGAGUCGGCCCCCAGUCUUUUCCCACCGACCUCGGGUGCCGUCGCGGACCGGCCGGGAGAGCGGCCGGCGGAGCGUCCGGGCCCUCGAAACGGCGUAGCCCGUCGGGGGCUGCGCGCACCAUGGCCGGCUGCUGCUGCCUGUCCGCCGAGGAGAAGGAGUCGCAGCGCAUCAGCGCCGAGAUCGAGCGGCAGCUUCGCCGGGACAAGAAGGACGCGCGCCGCGAGCUCAAGCUGCUGCUGCUGGGAACUGGAGAAAGUGGCAAAAGCACCUUUAUCAAGCAGAUGAGAAUCAUCCAUGGGUCUGGUUACAGCGACGAAGACAGAAAGGGGUUCACGAAGCUAGUUUAUCAAAACAUAUUCACCGCCAUGCAAGCCAUGAUCAGAGCCAUGGAUACCCUGAGGAUACAGUACGUGUGUGAACAGAAUAAGGAAAAUGCCGAGCUGAUCAGAGAAGUGGAUGUAGACAAGGUCUCUGCUCUCUCCAGGGACCAGGUGGAGGCCAUCAAGCAGCUCUGGCAGGACCCGGGAAUCCAGGAAUGUUACGACAGGAGGAGGGAAUUCCAGCUGUCAGACUCUGCCAGAUAUUACCUGACUGACAUUGACCGGAUCGCCAUGCCAUUGUUCGUGCCAACGCAGCAAGACGUGCUUCGUGUCCGAGUGCCCACAACCGGCAUCAUUGAGUACCCAUUUGAUUUGGAAAACAUCAUCUUUCGGAUGGUGGAUGUUGGUGGCCAACGAUCUGAAAGACGGAAAUGGAUUCACUGCUUUGAGAGUGUCACCUCCAUUAUUUUUUUGGUUGCUCUGAGUGAAUACGACCAGGUCCUGGCUGAGUGUGACAAUGAGAACCGCAUGGAAGAAAGCAAAGCCUUAUUUAAAACCAUCAUCACCUACCCCUGGUUUCUGAACUCAUCCGUGAUUUUGUUUUUAAACAAGAAGGAUCUUUUGGAAGAGAAAAUCAUGUACUCUCAUCUAAUUAGCUAUUUUCCAGAAUACACCGGACCAAAGCAAGAUGUCAAAGCUGCCAGAGACUUUAUCCUGAAGCUCUAUCAAGAUCAGAACCCCGACAAAGAGAAAGUCAUCUAUUCCCACUUCACAUGUGCUACAGACACAGAGAAUAUCCGCUUUGUGUUUGCUGCUGUGAAAGACACAAUUCUACAACUAAACCUGAGGGAAUUCAACCUAGUUUAAAAGCUUCUGCCCACUCCUCACCCAGGCCAGAAAACUGGAUUUGCAAGCUCCUCGUGUUUUUAUUUGUAAGUGCUUCUGACAUCACCCGGCCCAGCCCAGAGGUGGCACCAAGUCCAUCAUGCAUGCCACAGGGAUGGGGAUGGGUGAUGGAGCUUGUAAGAUAUUUGAGUUUAGCAAAACUUUUUCAAAGUCUUUAUUCCCAAAUUGUUUUUACAUUUCUUUUCUUGACUUUAGGCUGUAAGAUUUUUGUGUAAUUUUUGAAUUUGAUAUUUUAUAGAAUUUUUAAGAACCACUGUGAUUUACGAUUUUUUUUAAUUGAAGUGUGUGUAAGAAUAGCCAUUAAAAAAAUCACAUAACAGAGGACUCAAUUUAUAGGUCAUGCUUUGAGACCUCUAGGAUUAUCCUUUUUUAACUAAAUCUUGUAAUUGAGUAUUUUUCUCUCUUCAUGCUGAAGUAUGCCUUUAACAUGCAACCAGAGACUUUUUUUUAAAAACAGUUGGUUCUUCUUUGUGUUAACUUUCUAAGUCAAAUUAAUGACAGUAUCAGUACCUCUAAUUUAGUUUUGCCACAAUUUGAUCACUAUGGAACCAAAGUUGACAUAAGAAGAUAAAUGGGCUCUAGAUAGUAUAUAUGUUGUAUUGGUGAAAAAUGUGUGUGUGUGUGUGUGUGUGUGUGUGUGUGUGUAUAUAUAUAAAUUCCAGUGUAAAUGACCAGGUCUUGUAAACUUACGGAAUAAGUUUAAAAACCCAAUUUGUUUAACAAAUGUAAUGUAAGCCCUGCCAAAGGUCUGAUGGCCACCACAGAUUUGUUGUUUGAACCAUGUAUGCUGUGCCUUUCUGAGGCAGCUAAGAAUAUACCAUUUUUCCAUUAGCAUUGGAUUAUGUUGUGUUUCCUUGAGCUCAUGGUUGAUUGAUUGAUAGUUAUGCUCCUAAAAAGAAGAAUGCUUUAAUAGUUAAUAAGUAACUCAGAAACUUUCUAAAUGUCCUUAGAGGGGAGGAAAAAUAAUUUUCCCUCCACCCUUCUAGGUUCUUGGCUGAGACCUCACCCUUGUAAUACAAGAUUAACAGGAGAAAAGUAACAGAAGUCUAACACCAUUUAUACCUCCUGUAUACAUGGGAGCUACCCUGGAAAACUGAGGAGUUUAACUCCCCUGAAAUGGCCCAAGCCAUCACCUUAAAUACCUUUUUCAGCUAAAGACACAAGAAAGAUGGAGGAGGAGGGAAGGUCAGUUAUGGGAGGUUAACAGGUAAAGCACAGUAAAAAAGGGUAAGGUUGUUUUGCAGAAUUAAGUUGGGCACCUUCUCCAUUGAUAAAGAGUUUCUUGUCAUUUAGAGUUACCCUUCUCUUCUAGGUACAGAGAGGGAGACACGCUUAAAAUGGAGAGUUCCCUUAUAAAUGUAAAUUUCCCUUACAAUAGGUUUUCAGAGCUUUUCCUGUGUCUGUUGUUUCUUAAAAAUAAUCACCAAAAAGCACAUGAACCGAUGCUAAAUCAAAACUGCAAUGAGGUAUCACUUCACACCAGUCAGAAUGGCCAUCAUCAAAAAAUCUACAAACAAUAAAUGCUGGAGAGGGUGUAGAGAAAAGGGAACCGUCUUGCACUGUUGGUGAGACUGUAAAUUGGUAUAGCCACUACAGAGAACAGUAUGGAGAGUCCUUAGAAAACUAAAAAUAGUUACCAUAUGACCCAGCAAUCCCACUCCUGGGCAUAUAUCUAUCUGGAGAAAGCCAUAAUUCAAAAAGACACAUGCACCCCAAUGUUCAUGGCAGCACUAUUUACAAUAGCCAAGACAGGGAACCAACCUCAAUGUCCAUCGACAGAGGAAUGGAUAAAGAAGAUGUGGUACAUAUAUACAAUGGAAUAUUACUCAGCCAUUAAAAAGAAUGAAAUAAUGCCAUUUGCAGCAACAUGCAUGGACCUAGAGAUUGUCAUACUAAGUGAAGUAAGUCAGGAAGAGAAAGACAAAUAUAUGAUAUCACUUAUAUGUGGAAUCUAAAAAAAUGGUACAAAUGAACUUCUUUACAAAACAGAAAUAGAGUCACAGAUGUAGAAAACAAACAUGGUUACCGAGUUGGGGGGGAGGGAUUAAAUUGGGAGAUUGGCAUUGACACAUAUACAGUACUAUAUAUAAAAUAGAUAACUAAUAGGAACCUACUCUAUAGCACAGGGAACUCUACUCAAUACUCUGUAAUGACCUAUUUGGGAAAAGAAUCUAACUAACUAAACUAACUAACAAUAAUCAGCUCAAAGUAAUCCUUAUACUGAAGUGCAAAUUUUGGGGUGGCAUAUUCUGUUCCUCUUCAGUCCUGUCUUUGAAAGUUCAAUGAGGGACUUCCCUGGUGGUCCAGUGGGUAAGACUCCAUGCUCCCAGUGCAGGGGGUCCAGGUUCAAUUCCUGGUCAGGGAGCUAGAUCCCACGUGCAUGCCACAACUAUGAAGUCUAUAUACCACAACUAAGAAGCCCACAUGCCCUAACUAAAGAUCCUGCAUGCCACAACGAAGAUCCCCCAUGCUGCAACGUCCCAAUGCAGGGGGCCAAGGUUCAAUCCCUGGUCAGGGAACUAGAUCCCACAAUGCAUGCCACAACUAAGAAGGCCACAUGCCACAACAAAGACCCGGCACAGCCAAAGUAAA